GCAGUCGAAAUCAGCCCACGCACGCGCAUAGUGUCGUCGAUCGAGCGGCUGUGCGGCGGGAAAUUUGAAUUUCGAUUCAUUAUAAAAUGUUGAUAGUUCGCCUUUUUGCUGUGUCGAUUCUAUGGGGUUUCGUGGUUAUCGGUCAAUUGGUGGUGCCGGCGAACAGCCUUACGGACCGGACCCUGCUGGGAACGGAUGUGGUCCUCGCCUUUGUGAUAUUUCGACACGGCGAUCGAACACCUGAUCUAGAAGAACUGGCGCUGUACACGACUGAGGAAAAAUAUAAAAACGUUUUCUUUCCUUACGGAACUAAGGCGUUAACUAAUAAAGGCAAGCAGCGCGGGUUUCUUGUAGGGCGAUACUUGAGGCAACGUUACGACGGGUUAAUAUCCCGGCUGUACCUUCCCGACGAGAUAACAACAAGGACCACAGACUAUGCCCGUACAAAGAUGACAGCGCUGACUGCCCUGGCUGCGCUAUAUCCGCCACUGCCCGCGCAGCAAUGGAAUCCAAGCCUGGAUUGGCAGCCGAUACCCUAUUAUACAGAAAGUAGUGAUACGGAUGAUUUACUAUAUUGGUAUAAUUGUCCUCGGUACCUGAAAUUAAGGAAUCAGAUCUACAAAUAUCCGGAAAUGAAAGCCUUAAUUCAGCCAUAUCAAAAACUUUUUCCAUAUUUAUCGGAGAAGACAGGUAAUAAUAUCACGACACCUGAAGACGUUUUCUUUUUAGACAACCUUUUCCAGGCAUUGGAGAAUGUAGGCAUUAAAACACCAAAAUGGGCUGAAGAUGUGAUGCCGCAAAUAAAAGAAAUGACGAAAAUCGAAUACGCAGCAGAAUUCUUUACACCGGAACUGACGAAGUUAGCUUCAGGAGUCAUGAUGAGCGAAAUUCUGAACGCGAGUAAUGAAGCUAUAGCUGGGGCCGACGAUCAACCCAAAUUGAGGCUGUACUCCGCCCAUGAGAACAACGUUGCGGCACUUAUGUCCGCUGCUAGGGUCUUUAAAGCCCAUCAGCCGAACUACGGCGCCACAUUCGCAUUGGAGCUGAGGCGGUUCAAGUCUACAGGAAAAUACGGAAUUGCAGCCGUAUAUGCCCGUACCGCUGGUGGUCCACCCGAGCUGCUACCAAUACAGGGUUGCAACGACCAGCUCAUAUGCGACUACGACACCUUCGUCGCGCUCAUGCAAGAUAUCGUUUGGCCUCAUCACGAAUUCAGAAAACAGUGUCCGAAAAAAGUGUGAUUCGAACUAGUCCAAUUUGUUUUAAAUAUGUGAUAGUAGAAUAAGAGACUAAGUUAUUAUAAAUUAUGUAUAAUAAAAAAAACAAUGCGUG